UGGCUCCGCUCAGCACACACUUUUUUUCUGCUACUUUUGCCGCUCCCGAUUUUUAUUUGUUGUUUCUGUUUGCCAUAAAGAAACUGUGACUGACUACAUUUCGCCUGUCGGCAUCGUGUAAACAUAGGGCAGCUAGCAUUUUCCGUAUACUUCGCCUCUUCGCAAUUUCAAUUUCAUCAAUCUGCCUCUCCAUCUUGUAUUCUGUUUGCUUGCCGAUAAAAUGACCACCGCGAAUGCAAGCAGUAUGAGGAGCUCCUCCGACGCGGCGGAAGCAACUACCGCUCGCACUUCUCACACCGGACCCGGAGGUCGCACCUUGUCUACAACUUGCGGCCGCAAACUGAAGAAAUCGCUCUCGACCCCCAUUAAGGUGACGACGUCAACGGCGAUUGCCCUCCUUCUCCUCGAUUCUGCGCUAGUACAGCAGCAGUGGUGCUGCGCGCUCGGCAAGAAAAUCCAACUCAGCUCGGGCCACCAGGCGGGCGUGCACUUUCUUGCCACGCUGAGGAGCAGUGGCAGUACCGGGACGGAGGUGGAUCAAGGUCAAGAACUGCGGCCUACUAGUAGUACUGAGACGGAGGUGGACGAGGAGCAUCAAGACGACGGCGCUUGUAGUUAUCCCAACACAGUAGACGCAGCGCAACAGACCGCAUUCACCCGACAACUCCUGGAUCUAAACCAUGAGGAGGAUCUUCUAGACCAAGAUAAAGUCAAAGACUCCUGGAUGGUUGCCUACCAUCCAGCAGGGAUUUUUGCGGAUCAGUUGUACGACCAUUGCGACUUAGAUGACAUGAUGUCAACAUGCAGGUCUGACACCGGACGUACCGAAGACCACGAGGAUAGUGAGGUGUCUGCUUUUGCUCUCCACAAGUUCUAUACUGACCAGAAAGAGAACUCGGGGAAUAUCAGAAGUUCUCCGUUCCUCUCAAGCGCCGCACAAUCCACGGCGGAAUCACUUCUAGAAGCGCGGGAGCCCUCUUCCCCCACCUCUGGCACCAGCACCGUGCCCAGCAGCGCUAGUUCGUCCGAUGCCGGUGAAGAUGAAGAAAGUGGGGAGCAUGAAGAAGAUCCUUUUGUUUGGCACGACGGCUGCAACAGGGACCACGAUAGCCAGCGGCCCAUACAACAAAUUCAACAUUUUCUUUCCAUACCCUUUACCAGAACCCAGAGCGCCGGCGGAGCCUCGUCCUCGAGUUGUUCUUCGACGGCCUCUACUGGCGGGGCUGGACAGCUGCAGCCACCUCGUUCUCGUAAAUCUGUGACUUCUGCACCAGCAGGUGGAGCUGCACGACGAGAGCCAGCGCAACAAGCAGCCGCGACAAAAAACGAAGAUGCUGAUGCUCCACCCACGAGCUGUACUAACACGACCACGAUGAACACCUCCGACAUCAAGCCUCCGCGUGUCAUUCGCUUUUCACCCCAGGUGGAAGAGACCGAAGCGCAGAAAAAACAGGCGAAACUCGACUACUUGCACGACAUCACCGAGUUGCGGACGCAACUAACCAAGUCCCUGGACGAUCUGAAUAAGCGAGAGACUAAGCAGAAAGUGGAGCAAGAUCGGGAAAUCGACGAGGAGAUUGCGAAGGAAUUCUUCCUGUUGAACCUCAACGAAGUGAAAAACCCUCUACAGCACGAAGUUGUCGACAAGAAGCGGCUGCUGAAAGCCUUCCUCGGGGACACGGAAGACUGGCCCUGGGAGCAGCGGUUCCACGAGUUAUGAGGGUGCACAACUCCCCCUCCCCCUCAUUUGUAUAGCAUGAACGGCAAUACAAGCAUCAGCAAAAGUGCCGGCUUUGCAUGACAAACCUGCACUGGAGUGUAGUGCUAUUUGGUCUACAACCAGAACUUGUCAUGCAAACGGUGCCACGAGGCGAAGGGCAGAUUGGGUAUUUUGCAUGACAAAUGAGGGGGAGGGGAAGUUGUGCACUGUCAUACAAGUUCCAGGCCUGCCAGAAGCGUAGCAAGGGGGACUCCGCCGUGCCGCACGACGGGAAUGUGUUGAACUUGUCGUGGGGAAAGGGCAAAGGGAAGGGCAAGGGAAAGAAAUUUUUGGCGCAGACGGAGGAGGAGCUGUUUGUAUCCUGGUGUGCAAAAGUACUUUAUUGUUCGCGCCGGUUUUUAAUACAUGCCAGUCCCAGUCUUGCAUGAAUAAAGAUCUACUUUUUUUUGUCAGUCUGCAUGACAAAUUCGAUUCUCCUUUUGGAAAAAAUUGUCAUGCGGGGGAGGUUUAAUAUAGUUUAUACUAGUUGUAGCAGGUAAAAUAAAGCUACUUUUGCAAUGCAUAGAUUGCAAACAUGGACGACUACACGGUGGUCGAAGAUCGGAAGCAGUUUCUCCUGCACAUGCGCCCGAGUGAGGACGGGGAUAGGAAAACUACUGGAAGUAACGGAAAGAACAAGAUGAACACCGAAGAACAAGCAGGUCAACAUGGAGGAAAUUCUAAUCACGGCAAAAGAACAUCAAGCCCCUUCGAGCUCGGCCGCGGGUUUCUCCAAUCCAGCCGCGAAUUCUUCAGAGAAAAGUGCAACUUUCUGUCGGUUCUUCUACCGAAAAAAGAAGGGACGAAUCAGCACCAGAAUCUUUAUCUCAAGGGCGUUGGACGAGCAACCGGAAGCUGCAAGAAGGCCCAGGGACCGGACCCGUAUUUGUAGACGCAACAAGUAGAUCAACACUGUAAAUGCAUAUCAAGAUGAACUUUCCCAUUGAUAGAAGUACUCAUACAUACACAUGCGACUUCUGUUGAAACACGACGGUCCGUCGGGCAUGCAUCUUCUAGAACUACAUGAUAAAUCAACGGCAACUUCUUCUCUUGUUCGAUAAGGCGUUUAUUGCCGACUGUAGCAGAUUUCGUCGAAGUGUGUAAGAUAGGAAAAAGAAAAUCAAUUGGUUAUCAUCAUCAUGCGUUCGCUGUAUGGUACUCAUAAACUAACUUGUGAUUGACACUGAGUCGAUACGACCGUCAUUGAACUUAACUGUGAUACAUUUUCCGAGAAAAAUACCACGUAAAACGAAAAGAAACUCUUCGCAAAAGAGAUCAUGAAAAGACUAGGCAUUCGAAAUUAUCACUCGCUCCUGCAAACACCAAUUCUUUCAGAUGAAACUAGAACUGUGUAUUACUAUUAUCGGAGAACUGAAGAAGACGGCAAUAAGUACUUCUGUUGAUGGCCACAACGCGCCGCCCUCUCAGCCACGCCCACGCGUCCAUCAAGAAAUCAUACGACCACAGACAGAAAAUGAUCUCGAAUAAAUCAAAAGAUUGAUUAUACUAGCGAUGUUGAAAUAUUAAAGCUGAAGCUAAACAAAUUGCGCGUUUUUACCGGAGGUCUCUCCCUCAUCUCGUCGAGCGUCUGACUUCAUGAUGAAACACUGCUCUAGUACCACCCUGCUGCAAAAACGAAAUUGAACAAGAUGUCACGAAAAUGCAAAGAUAUCGAUCGUGUGGAUGAAAUGAUAUGCGCAUGUCAACGU